CCGGCCUGCCGGCGUCCGCGGGGACCAUGUGGGCCUGGGCGCUGUGGCUGCUGCCCCUCCUCUGCAGACCCACCCGGGCAGCUCUGCCCACGAAGCCCGAGAACAUCUCCUGCGUCUACUACUACAAGAGAAACUUUACGUGCACCUGGAGUCCAGAGAGAGCAGCCAACCACACGUGGUACCAGGUGACGAGAAACCUCACCCUGGGAAAAGUCAUCGACUCCUGUAACUCCACAAGUGAGGGUCCUGCUUCCUGCUCUUUCUUCCACAUGGUCACGUACCCAGAAACGUACACCAUUCGAGUGCAAGCUCGGAACGUGGAUGGGACGGCCGAGUCCGAUGUCACCGUUUGGAACUUGAAUGAGACAAUAAAAGUCGAACCACCCAUGAAUCUCAGCGUGCAGCCGGUGCCGGGCAUCAAGCGGAUGCUCCACGUGCAGUGGGUGAGGCCCUCGCUGGCCCCCAUCUCGGUGGAUCUCAAUUACACGCUCCGAUUCAGAGCCAACGAGAGUGACCUCUGGACGGAGGUCAGCUUCGAGGAGGUGGACGGGGGCCAAGCCUACAACCUCACGGGGCUGCAGGCGUCCACGAGGUACAUCGUGGCUCUGCGGUGCGCGGCUCCGGAGUCCAAGUUCUGGAGUGGCUGGAGCCAGGAAGCGAUGGGGACGACCGAGGAGGAAGUUCCCUUCGGCCUGGACGUGUGGAGGGUCCUCGGCCCGGUUCAGGCGGACGGACGGCGGCUCGUGGACCUGCGGUGGAAGAAGGCCCGAGGAACCCCGCCCCUGGAGAGGACGCUCGGCUACCUCGUGCAGUAUUUUCCGGAAAACGGCGCUCACCUCGCACGGACCAGUGACACCACGGACCAGCACCUGGGGCUGCGCCUGGGCCGCAAGGCCUACCGGGUGUCCGUGGCUUCCUACAACUCCCUCGGACAGGGGCCCGCGGCCACCCUGCGGGUCCCGGCCGUCGCCGAAAAGCCGGUCCCGUGCAUCGAGGCCAUGCAGACCCACCUCGCCGGGGACCAGCUGGUGGUGACGUGGCAGAGCUCCGCCCCGGACGUGGACAUGUGGGUGGUGGAGUGGCUCCCGGACCAGGAGUCCGCCGCCCUGUGCUGGGAGCCGGUGUCUGGGGCCCAGAACUGGACAGUCCAGCGAGCCGGGCUGACUUUCUGGUGCUACAACGUCUCGGUGUAUCCGGUGCUGCGCGACCGAGUGGGCGAGCCGUCCUCCGCCCAGGUCUACUUCGAGCAGGACGCCCCGUCCGCAGGUCCCGUGACCAAGGUGGAGAACAUCGGCGUGAAGACGGUCACCGUCACCUGGAAGGAGGUCCCCAAAAGCCAGAGAAACGGCUUCAUCCGCAACUACACCAUCUUCUGCCAAGCCGAGAACGGACAGGGAUUCUCGCGCACGGUGGAGCCCGGCACCCUGCGGUACGGCCUGGGGUCUCUGGCGCGAGGGACGCCCUACACCCUGCAGGUCAUGGCCAGCACCCGGGCCGGCGGCACCAACGGCACCAGGGUCAACUUCAGGACGCUGUCCAUCAGUGUCCUGGAGAUCUGCCUCAUCACCACGCUGGUUGGCGGCGGGCUGCUCAUCCUCACCGUCCUGACGGUGGUCUAUGGCUUCAGAAGACCCAACAAGCUGAAGCGGCUGUGCUGGCCCCAGGUCCCCAACCCCGCCCAGAGCAGCCUGGCCACCUGGCGCUGGGACGGCCUGCAGGUGAGCCCGUGCUCCUGGGUGGGGGGGGGGGGGGGGGGGGGGCGGCCCUGCGGGGCGCAGCCAGGACCCGGCCGCUCCUGCCGGCCUUCCCAGAGGGGCGCGUGGGGGGGCGGGGGCACCUCCCCUCUGGUCUCAGGGGGCCGGCGGGGGGCUGGUCGCAGGCGGGGCCUCGGUGCCCCAAGCCUAUGGGCUUUCGGUUCCGUUGUGCAUAGCCCCCACGAGCCUCCGGGCGCCCCUCUCUUUCAGACGAAGCUGCCGCAGAAGCCAUGUGACGACUCCGUGACCGCGGACGACAGGGCUCUCAAGCCGCGCCCUGCCCCCAGUGACCUCAUCGACAAGCUGGUGGUGAACUUCGGGAGCUUUCUGGAAGAGGUGUCCUCGGAGGAGUCCGGGAAGGGCCGGGAAAACCCUCUGGGAGGGGAAGACAACGAGUACGUGACCUGCCCCGCCAGGCCUCCCUGUCCCCCCGGAAGGGGUCCCGGGGAGCCCCCCACGGCGGCCGAGGCGGCACCCGCGAAGCCCCAGCCCGGGGGGUCCGGGCGGCAGGCGGGCGCCGGCCCCGGAGCCAGUGAGCCGCUGCUGCCCCCUGCGCAGGGCGCCGGGCCGGCCCGCGUGCCGGGGGAGGGGGCGCCAAACCCCUACCUGAAGAACUCCGUGACCACCAGAGAGUUCCUCCUGUCUGAGACGCUCCCGGACCACGGCCGGCGGGAAACCUAGGUGCCCCGG